AUGACAGAUAAUAAACCACUUAAUUAAAAGAUAAAAAUCAUUAACAUUAAGAGAAGUCAUUAAAACAAUUCUUCAGCUGCCAAUCCUCACAAUACAUAUUUAGAUGAAAAAGAAGUUGAAUAAUUAAAAAAUUAUUCAAAUAAUGCUAUUGUUUCUAACGAUAUUAAUGUAUGGGAAAAUAUUCUUGAAUGGUACAUAAGAACUUUAGGAGACGAACUCUACAAACUAGCAUUUAUUAAUAAAGAAAAAUAUUAUAGAAUUAAGGUUUUUUGGUCUUAAGAUUAUGAAGCCUUUUUAAAUAAUCAAAAUGCUAUUAAAUGUGAAAAUGAUCAAUAAAAGAAAGACAAAUAGCUAGAUAAUGUUAGAUAUUAUCUUAAGCAAUUCGAAAAUUUUGAAAUAGAAGAUUAUUUUGAUGUGAUUAUCUUCCCAAGAAUUGAAAAGACAACAAAUAAAUUAAUUUUAAAGUUUCUUGUCAAUCCAUUUACUUAUUUAUUACCUUAAUAUACAUAAUAAAAGUUAUAAACAGUUACAAGCUAUUCUCAAAUUGAGGGUCUUGAAUUAUUUAUAGAUUAUGAUAUACACGAUUGCGAAUAAAAAAACAUAAAUAUUUUAUCUGAGUUAACUAAUUAUAUUUUAUAAAAAUACGUUUUAAGAUAAGAGAUUAAAAAAGAGGAUAUAAAAAUAACAAAUGAUUAAUUAAGAUAAAGAAUAGGUCCUAUAUUAAAUGAAGAAACAAGAGUAGUUCUAUAUGAAUUAUAUUAAGAUUUAUGA